AGUUUGAUUCAGCAAGUGUUGGGUUCUUUCUUUCAUUCUUUCAUUCUGUUGUCUUUCUUUCUAUCUUGUUAAAAGUGAAUCCAGUCUAUGGAGAUGAAGGAGAUGAAGCAACAUUCAGAUGUCCGUAUGCAGAGGGGUAUCAGGGAAACAAAAAGCUUUUCUCCAGUGGGGAAUGUAGUAGCUGGAACAAAGACAUUCUGAUUAUAUCUGAAGAAGGUCAGACCCAGGCUAAAACUGGAAGGUUUUCUCUGUAUGACAACAUCAAUGCCAGAGUCUUCAGUGUGACCAUGAGAGGACUGACAGCAAAGGAUUCUGGGAAAUACAGCUGUGCCGUCAGGACUGGAGUGACUGAUGUAUGCACUGAUCAUGAGCUGGUAGUCAGAGAUGUGAUGACAGGGGCUUAUGGAGACUCGGUCAACAUCACCUGCAAAUACCAAGGCAGCCACAAGCAGCCCCUCUAUCUGUGCCGAGCAAAAAGUGUUGGCCAUUGGGAGUUUGAAGACUUACUGGUCACAUCAUUAAGUCCAUACCACAGCAGGUACUUCUUAAAUGAUGACAAACAUGAUGGAGUCUUCACUGUGACCAUCACUGACCUGAGAUCAGAGGAUGCUGGAAUAUACUGGUGUGGGGAGUUAGCGGCAGAAACAAAGACUGUGGUCAGGCUGAAGGUCACCAGAGUGUCCAUACUGCCCACAAUCCUCUCUGUGUCUCUGGCUGUGGUGGUGGUGGUGGUGAUGGGAGCUGUAGUCUUUAUGUUCUACAGGCACAGGAGAAACAAGACACCAGAACGUUCAUCUGAUGGUGCAAACAGCAGAAGCAACAGUCAGGCUCCUCACCCGGACCGCACGUAUGAAGAGAUUAAUGACAACCCAGCUGCACAUCCUGGACCCAGCACUGCUUUUCACCCGGACCCCACGUAUGAAGAGAUUAAGGACAACCCAGCUCUCUCGGCUGCUGCUCAUCCUGGACCCAGCACUGUAUACGCCACUGCUCAAUUACCCACCGUCCUCUCUGAUGACCCCACAUAUUCCACUGCUGAAUUACCCACCGUCCUCUCUGAUGACCCCACAUACUCCACCGCUGAAUUACCCACAAACCCCUGUGCUGACUCCACAGUGAGUUUCAACGAGGGCCCGACCACAGCGUCUGUCACUUUCAGACAGGAGAACUGUGCAAACUCUACUGUUGGUUCAGAUCAGUGAGGGAGCGCACACACAAAACCCUUAAACCGAAUUCCUCUAGUGCCCAGAACAGUAAGGAAGCAAGGCACAACCCUAAACCUUUGGGGUUGUUUAUGGGGUCGUCUUGGGGUCGUCUUGGAGCCUUAAACUAAAUAAACUAUUUUGCCAAAACACUGAGCAGUUAGCAUGUUUAUCAUAUAACCGAAAACAUUGAACAGUCUACUUUCAAACAAAGUCCCUGUAGCUGAAACCAAGGUCAUUGUGUUAAUGAUACCAAGGUCAUUGUGUUGAUGAAACCAAAGGUGUGCAACACCUUUAAAUGUGUGUCUGUGCAACACCUUAAUUUGCUUUGGACCAAAGUGUCCCUGAAUGUUAUGAAGCACUUAGACACUCCACCUUCCUAUUGAAAUGUACAGUGGUAUAAUGUUCAUGGUUCAUAGAUUCCUUUUCCAUUGCUUUAGAAAAUCUUGCAGUUAUACCAUGGCUUUUUAUUGACUUAUGUGUGGUCAUUUGGUUUUCAUGUCAGUUAUUUUUUUUUUUUGGAGGGGGCGGGCAAUAUGCAUAUAAUUAUAUUAUCAUACAUUUUUGUAUUUAAAUGUUUUUCAUAUUUUACAAUGAAAUCCCAUGAGCUGAUGGAGAUGGCAAUGAAAAGCUUGAAGGACUAAAUGUGUGGCCCAACUAUGUAUUUUCAGUACACGGUUGCAUGUUUUGAAGGAGUAAAUGUUAAAUAUUAGUCCCUACUUCUUUCAUUUUAAAUACACAUGUUUUGAAGACGUAAAUGUUAAAAUAUAAAAAAAUGUUUUGUUUGAGGUAUCUGUGCCCACACAUUAUGUUACAUUUUCCUGUCCUGUCAUGGAAAAAAAAAAUUCUUUCUUUUCCAACACUGAGAAAUAUGAACUUCUCUGUUGUCCCUCUCCCCAUGUAGUUGAAUUGGAAGCUGCUGUUACUCCAGAUAAUAACUGUGGGUUUAGUGCUGAUUGAAGCUGCUGUUACUCCAGAUAAUAACUGUGGGUUAAGUGCUGAUUGCAACCACGGAUACUCAACAGCCACUUGAGUCUAUAGUCAUUGUGAUCACUGUUGGGGAGUAGUGAACUGCACUAGCGUUCACCUCCAUGAAAACAUAUACAUUUACACAAACAUAAAUAUUUGAAUGCUUAUUGUAGCUGUCGGCCCCCUGAAUACCAACACAUCUUGACUGCUUAUUGUAGCUGUCGGCCCCCUGCCCAACACAUCUUGAAUGCUUAU